UGGAGGUAGGACAGGGAGAGGAAGCAGAAGAACAAUUUUCCUGACGGAAAAGCCCACACACUCACACACUACAGACGAACACACUCUCACGCAUCCACUUUUGGACUUGGACUCAUCUGUGGACUCCACAAGCAGUCCUCUGGAGCUCUACCUGUGCCUUCCUUGCUUCCACUCAUCACUCUCUUCACCUUUACCUCCACUCCCUCAGACCCCCGCUUGGUGAGGGCAGAUGGCCAUGGCAUGGGCUUCUCUUGGGGGGAUUUUUGGCUAUGCACUGCUUUCCCUAGUUCUGGGGAAUAGCAAUGUGGAUUUUGGGGCCCCCCCUGCAAGCUUCUACCCCCGUUUCAACCCCUUCUUCUUCCUGUGCACCCACCAUGGGGAGCUGGAGGGAGCUGGGGUGGCAGAAGGUGGGGGAGAGGUGUUACUCACCCUCCAGAUUACAGGCAACCCCACCACCUACAGCCCUGGACAAGAGUACCAAGUAACCAUCACCACCAGUGUGUCGUUUGAUGGUCUGCUAGUGACUGGCCUCUACACUUCCACACCAGUACAGUCGGCUCCCAUUCCAGCCCCAGCUGCUUUUGGUUUUGGUGUGAUGCCAAAUCGUCAGUUUGCAGGAACCCAAUUUGUCUGCAGCGUGGUGGCGUCUCACGUCAGUCCCCAGCCCUCCAACAGCUUUAGUUUUGUCUGGAUCGCCCCACCACCCGGCACUGGCUGCGUCAAUUUCCUAGCCACAGCAACACAUCGAGGACAGAUUAUUUUCAAGGAUGCUCUGGCCCAGCAGCUCUGUGAGCAAGGAGCUCCAACUGAGUCCCCUUUGAGACCUAAUCUUGUGGAGCUCCAUGGGAAACAUGCUGUGCUCCGUGACGACUUUGACUCCAACCUCCAAGGAGAAUUAGACCCCAGCAUAUGGUCUGAGUUCAGUAACUGUGAUGUUGGAGAGCAGUGUGGUGUGCUGAUGCAUGGCAGAGCAGUAACAUUCUGUGAGCCCUUUGGAGAGCGAGAGCUGACCACUGUACCUCUCAACACCAGCACUGCCUCUGUGCUGCAGUUCGCCCUGGGCUCAGGCUCCUGUCGGUUCAGUUACUCAGACCCCAGCAUCACUGUGUCAUACAGCCUAAGUGGUAACGCUAACACCUCAGAUGACUGGAUCACACUGGAGAAGAUCAGUGCUCCUACCAACAGCAGCACUGUCAUCCACCUGCUUCCCCUUCCACAUUCCUCCAAAGCUGAUGCAGUUCGUCUCCGCUGGUCUCAGGAGACUCCUCAUGGCUCUGAAGGCUAUGAGUCUUGCUGGGGGCUGGACAACGUUCUGCUGGUCAAUGCUGCCCACAGAGGCUCCCUGAUGGAGGACAACUUAGAUCCUCCAAACACUGCUAACUGGCUCUUCUUCCCUGGAGCUACUGUAAAGCAUGCCUGUCAGUCUGAGGGCAAUGCCCUGUAUUUUCACGGUGGUGAGGAAACAGGCCACAGCUUUGCCUCCACAAGAGACAUCGAUCUUCAUCGAGAGGAGGGAAGGAGCUACUGGGAGGAAGACUUUGAGAGCCCACCCUUGAAUUGGGACAUAGAGGGAGCGGUCUAUGGGACCAGGUGUGGAGAAAUUGAGUCGGGAGCAGCACUAGUGUUUGAGAGGGAAGGUCGGCGAAGAGUGUGUACUCCUUACCUUGACACUACAUCAUAUGGAAACCUUCGCUUCCACUUUACCAUGGGUGGUGGUGACUGUGAUCCAGGAGAGUCACACGAGAAUGAUGUGAUUCUGUUUGGAAGAUCAGAGGGCAGGAGGGAGCGUGUGGUGCUCGACACUCUUCCAUACUCUGCUUACAGGACUCCUGCAGUGGUGUCUGUAGCAUUAUCUUCUGAACUACAAACACCAGUCACCCAGUUCUGCCUGGAACAGCGGUCACACGGUGGUGCAAACCAUCACGUGUGGGCUGUGGACUUCAUGCAGCUGCUCCCUGUGCUGCCUGGCACCCACACACAUGUUGCUCAGUUCUCUAUCAACCUUGGUUGUGGCUCCUACCAGCCUGCCAACAGUGUGAGUCUGGAGUUUUCUACCAACCUUGGUCGGUCCUGGUCUCUCCUCCACACCGAGUGUCUGCCAGAACUCUGUGCUGGACCUCAUCUACCUCACAGCACCAUCUACUCCUCUGACAACUACAGCGGCUGGACCAGAAUCUCUAUUCCUCUGCCCAACACCGCUCUGACAGAGACUACCCGGUUUCGUUGGAAGCAGUCUGGUACAGGAACAGGCAACAUGUGGGCCAUAGACAAUGUGUAUAUUGGGCCAGCUUGUCUUCGUUUCUGCUCUGGGAGAGGACAUUGUUCCCGCACAGGCUGCAAAUGUGACCCAGGUUUCAGUGGUCCAGCUUGUGAGCUUGCCUCCCAGACCUUCCCAGCUUUCCUGUCUGAGGGUUUCUCCAGCCCACGGCUCUCCUCCUACCACAGCUUUUCCUCACUUCGUGGGGCUGAAGUCAGCUUUGGCUGCGGUGUGCUUGCCAGUGGCAAGGCUCUGGUUUUCAACAGAGACAGCAGGAGACACUUGAUCACUGCUCCACUAGACAGUUCCCAGGCCAGGUACCUACAAUUCACUCUUCGGCUGGGCAGUCGUAGCAUCCUGAGUUCAUGUCCUGCUCCUGAUCAGCCAGGAGAGGGCGUCCUGCUGCAUUACUCCUCAGACAAUGGGAUCACCUGGACUCUGCUACGGCACUAUGCAUACCAAGGCUUUCAUGAGCCAAGGAUUGUAUCAGUUGAACUCCCCUCUGGUGCUCGUAAGUUUGGUGUGCAAUUCCGCUGGUGGCAGCCAUACCACUCGGGACGUGGUCACGAUGUGUGGGCCCUGGAUGAAAUCAGCAUGACCUCUGUGCUCUUCAACACCAUUAGUCUUGAUUUCAGCAAUGUGCUGGAUGUCACCCAGAGUCUUGGCUUCUAUCUUGGUCAUGUUCAGCCCUACUGCCAACAUGACUGGACUCUAAGUUUCUCUGGUGAGCCCAGUCCUGGCUCCAGCAUUCGUUAUGUGGAAACUCAGUCGAUGCAAAUCGGAGCAUCCUAUAGUCUGCAGUUCUCACUGGUUAUGGGCUGUGGCCGUGAGCCCUCCCCUCACAUCGACACUCAGGUUCGUCUGGAGUUCUCCACUAAUCACGGCCUCACCUGGCACCUGGUUAAAGAGGCCUGUCUACCUGGCAUGCCUAGCUGCUCUGAGUUUACAGCUCCCAGUGUCUACCACCCAUCAGAGUUCAAAGACUGGAGACGUAUUACGCUGUCUUUGCCUCAGAAGACAUGGUCCAGUGCUACGCGGUUCAGAUGGAUCCAGAACUACUAUGGAGAGCAAGACGAGUGGGCCUUGGAUGACAUCUACAUCGGUCAGCAGUGUCCUAACAUGUGCCACGGCCAUGGGUGGUGUGACCAUGGACAUUGCAGGUGUGAUGAUGGUUUCUCUGGUACGGACUGCCAGCCUUCUUCCCCCCUUUCUUCUAGCAUUCUGUCUGACUUUGAGUCCCAGGAUGCUCUUCUAGCCACAUGGCAAGAAGUUAUUGGUGGAGAGGUGGUUACACCUGACAUGGGCUGCGGGGUGGUUUCAUCUGGAUCAUCAUUGUACUUCAGCAAGGCUGGGCUGAGGCAGCUUGUAAGCUGGGACCUGGAUACCGAAUGGGCGGAGUUUGUGCAGUUCUACCUGCGGGUGGGUGGAGACUGGGCAGAGUGUAACCAAGCAGACAGCAGGGAGGAGGGAGUUCUCCUGCAGUACAGUAAUGAUGGAGGCAUUAGCUGGGGCCUCAUUGCUGAGAUGUACUUCACAGACUUCACCAAGCCUCGCUUUGUCCAUUAUGAGCUUCCCUUGGCUUCAAAGACACCCUCAACAAGGUUUCGGUGGUGGCAGCCUCUUCACUCUGGGGAGGGCUAUGACCAGUGGGCAAUUGAUGAUGUCAUAAUUUUGUCUGAGAGAGAGAAACACAUCAUUCCCAUGGCCAAUCCUACCUUACCACAGAACUUUUAUGAGAAGCCAGCCUUCGACUACCCACUGAACCAGAUGAGUGUUUGGCUGAUGCUGGGUAAUGAAGGCAUGGAGAGGGAUAACAACAACAGCUUCUGUGCACCGACUCCUUCUGCAAUGGUGUUUGGACGUUCUGAUGGGGACAGGGUGGCUGUCACCAGGGACCUGGCCCUGCGCCCAGGUUACACCCUGCAGUUUAAGUUAAACAUAGGCUGUGAAUCAGAGUUCAGCUCGUCCGCCCCGGUCCUGCUGCAGUACUCCCAUGAUGCAGGACGCACCUGGGCUCUGGUCAGAGAGGGCUGUUACCCAGGAACCCCGGGGGCAGGGAUUUGUGAGGGCAGUGGCCGUGAGCUGAGAGAACCCACUAUCUACAAUACUGGAGACUAUGAACAGUGGACCAGGGUCACUGUCGUCAUACCUCGAAAUGUUGCAGCCAGUAAAACUAGGUUCCGCUGGUUCCAAGAGAGCAGCGUAUACCGCGAUGCCCCAGCAUUUGCUCUAGAUGGGGUCUACAUCUCUGAACCCUGUCCAAACCACUGUGGGGGACAUGGUGAUUGCAUCUCUGGAGUCUGCUUCUGUGACAUGGGAUACACAGUGGAGCAAGAUAGUUGUGUCCCAUCUGUAGCCAGUCCCACGGAGCUUACUGAGGGAUUUGAGGGAAAGCUGAGUCCGCUGUGGCAGAGCAUUAGUGGGGGACAAAUUGGAGGUGGCUGUGGCAUCAUUGGUGAGGGCAAAGCUCUUUACUUCAGCAGCCAUGGGCGGAGAGAAGCACGCACAGUGCCUUUAGAUACUACCAACACAAGGCUGGUUCAGUUCUACAUCCGGAUUGGCAGCAAGAGUUUAGGACCCACCUGUACCAGGCCACGUUCCCGCAAUGAAGGUGUCAUUGUCCAGUUUUCUACCAACAAUGGUGUCCAGUGGCAGUUCCUAAGGGAACUGGACUUUAGUUCCUUCUUGGAGCCACAGGUUGUUACCAUUGAGCUGCCACCUCCAGCGAAAACCCCCUACACAGUAUUUCGGUGGUGGCAACCACAGCAAGGGAAACAUUCUGCCCAGUGGGCUCUGGAUGAUGUUCUGAUUGGUAUGAACGACAGCUCCAGAACAGGUUUCCACGACAAAUUUGAUGGAACGACCCCUCUGAGACACAACUGGUAUCGAAUUCAGGGUGGGGAGGUGACAGUGGACUGUUUGUCUCUAGACACAGCACUUACCUUCAACUCUGAGGCCAUUGACAAGAAACCAAGAUAUGCAGAAAGUUGGGACUUUGAAGUGACAGGCUCAUCGUUCCUGCAGUUUGAGCUGAGUAUGGGCUGCAGUAAGUCUACUUCCUUCUCGCAUGGCGUGCGACUGGAGUACUCCACAGACUGUGGACGUCACUGGUCUCUCAUCACUCCAGAGUGUGUGCCCCCAGCCAUCGGCUGUGCUGGUUACACCCAAAGUUCCAUCUAUACAUCAACCCAAUACAAACACUGGAGGAGGAUCACUGUCUACCUGCCCAGUGCUGCUAAUUCCCCUAGAACUCGGUUCCGUUGGAUCCAGACCCAUUUCACCCCAGGAGCAGAGGGAUGGGCCCUGGAUAAUGUGUUACUUGCCCCUGGGUGUCCAUGGAUGUGCUCUGGACAUGGUCUGUGUGACAAUGGACGCUGUGUGUGUGAUAAAGGUUAUGGGGGAGCACAUUGUGUGCCUUUGGCUCCACUGCCAUCUGUGCUGAGGGAGGACUUUAAUGAGAACUUGCAGCAGGAGACCUGGCCGGAGGUGUACGGAGCGGAGAGGGGAACUCUGAGCGGAGAGCCUCUCAAAUCUGGCACUGCCCUUAUUUUCAAAGGGGAUGGUUUGAGAAUGAUAGUGUCACGGGACCUGGACUGCACAAACACUCUCUACAUCCAGUUUUCCUUCAAAUUCAUCACUAAAGGUGUGCCAGAGCGUUCUCACUCGGUGCUACUGCAGUACUCGGUGAACGGGGGAAUAAGCUGGCUGCUGUUGGAUGAGUUUUACUUCCCAGCUUCCACAGAUACUCUGUUCCUUCACCUGCCACUGCCAGCCAGCGCUCAGACCAACGCCACCCGUUUCAGAUUGUGGCAGCCUUACAACAGUGGUAAAAAGGAGGAGGUGUGGGUGAUAGAUGAUCUCAUCAUUGAUGGCAGUUCCUUACACAACCCGCCAGUGGUGAUCGACAGUUUUGAAGAAGGCCCCAAUGAGUCAAACUGGCUGUUUUUUCCUGGAGGAAACACUGGUCUCUACUGCCCCUACCAGAAGACCGGCCUUGAGGACGAUGAGUCAGCUAUGGUGUUUAUUUCCAGUGAGCUUGGUGAACACUCCAUUACUACCAGGGACAUUGACGUAAAUGAGAACACUAUUAUCCAGUUUGAGAUUAAUGUGGGCUGCACAGCUGAAAGCUCUUCUGCUUACCCUGUGCGUCUUGAGUUUUCAAGAGACUUUGGUGCCACGUGGCACCUGUUGGUACCCCUGUGCUCAGGUGGACCUCAGCCCUCCUCACUUUGCUCCACAGAACUUCAUCCUGCCACAAUCUAUUUCUCUGGUACUACUCAGGGCUGGAGGAGAGAGGUCAUUCACUUUGGCAAACUUCGUCUGUGUGGGUCAAUAAGGUUCCGCUGGUAUCAAGGUUUCUUCACGACUGGUUCUGCUCCUCCAACCUGGGCCCUUGACAACGUGUACGUUGGCCCACAGUGUCAGGACAUGUGUAAUGGUCAUGGGGCUUGUGUGGGUGGCACCCACUGCGUAUGUGACCCUGGCUAUUCUGGGCCUGACUGCUCUGUGCCUGACACCCCCAACCCUGACUUCCUCAAGGAGGACUUUGAAGGGGGAGCUGUGGAUGCUGAGCGUUUCAGCCUCUUGAGUGGGGGUAAACCAUCCAGAAAAUGUGGCAUUAUGUCAAGUGGGAACCACCUGUUCUUCAGUGAGGAUGGUUUACGCAUGUUGGUCACCAAUGACAUGGACCUGUCAAAUGCCAGGUUUGUUCAGUUCUUCCUUCGUCUGGGAUGUGGAAAAGCGGCUCCGGACCCUCGUUCUCAGCCUGUUUUGCUGCAGUUUUCUGUGGAUGGAGGUCUAACUUGGGGACUUCUGCAAGAGUUUCUCUUUAGCAACAGCAGUAAUCAGGCUCGUCUGGUGGCCCUGGAGAUCCCACUGCGGGCCCGCACACCAUCUACUCGCCUCCGCUGGUGGCAGCCCUCAGAAAAUGGACACUUUUACAGCCCAUGGGUCAUUGAUCAGGUGGUGGUGGGCGGCAGUGCCAGUGGCUGGGGACCACUAGAGGAUGAUUUCUCCUCAAUCGAUGGACGCUCAUGGCUUCUCCACCCUGGGGGGACCCGAAUGCCUGUUUGUGGUUCUGAUGGACCUGCGUUUGCAUUCAUUGAGAAAUCCAACACACGUUAUGCUGUUACCACUGACAUCAGUUUGGGUCAAGAUGCAUUUAUCCAGUUUGACUUUUCUGCAUCCUGCUCUGUCACAAACUCCUGCUACUCUGUAGAGUUGGAGUAUUCGCUGGAUCUGGGUCUGACGUGGCAGCCUGUGGUCAGAGACUGUCUGCCUACAAGCCCUGACUGCUCUUCUUACACUCUGCAGCGGCUUCUGGUGUCUGACACCUACAACAAGUGGGGCCGCGUUACCUUGCCUAUCCCCUCAUAUGCCAGGUCUCCAGCCACAAGGUUCAGAUGGUUCCAGCAGGCUCCCUUUGACAAGCAGCAGACCUGGGCUCUGGAUAACCUCUACAUUGGGGACGGCUGCCCAGAUAUGUGUUCUGGACAUGGACGCUGCCAGCAGAGCUCCUGUGUGUGUGACCCAGAGUGGGGUGGGGAGUACUGUGACGAGCCUGUGGUUCCUCUUCCGUCCCAGCUGAAAGACAGCUUCAGUCGAGCCCCCUCCCUCAGUCACUGGCACAUACUCACCGGUGGGAAGCUCAGCACUGUGUGUGGAGCUGUGGCCUCUGGAGCCGCACUGCACUUCAGUGGGAGUUGUAGCCGUCAGCUGGUGACAGUGGACCUGAAUCUGACCAAUGCAGAGUUCAUCCAGUUCUAUUUCAUGUACGGCUGCAUGAUCCCACCUAGUAAUCGCAACCAAGGUGUCCUUCUGGAGUACAGCAUGAAUGGGGGAAUCAACUGGCAUUUACUGACAGAAAUCUUCUAUGAUCUGUACACCAAGCCUGGAUUUGUCAAUGUGUUGCUGCCCCCUGCUGCUCGUCAGGAAGGGGUCCGUGUGCGCUGGUGGCAGCCACAGCAUGAUGGUGCUGACCACAGUGAUUGGGCUCUAGAUAACGUCCUCAUUGCAGGCUCUGAUCCACGAGCACAGAUCUCUGACACAUUUGGAGGCGUCGCAUUGCCUAAUCAUGAGAGAGCUCCUGCAGAUGAGACUUCAGGAAGGACAAGUCAACUAAAUGAGCAGGAAGAAACACCCAUAGUGAGUGAUCAUUGGCUGUUCUCAGAGGACUGCUCGGUGCAGCGCUUUUGUAACUCCCCUGAUGGUGUAAUGGUGUGUGGAAAUAAUGAUGGAAGAGAGGUGUAUGCUGUCACACAUGACAUUGUUCCAGACAAGGGUUGGGUCAUGCAAUUCAAGGUUGCUGUAGGUUGCAUUGUUCCAGAGCGUCACGCAGACCGACAGGUCCAUGUACAGUAUUCAGUAGAUUUUGGAGUCACCUGGAAGUACCUGGUUCCUCAGUGCCUGCCUGCUGACCCUCGCUGUGGUGGUCAGGUCUCCCAGCCAUCAGUCUUCUUCCCUGCUGAUGGCUGGAAGAGAGCUGUGUUUCCUCUGCCUGACAGCCUGGCUGACACUUCGGUGCGGUUCAGGUUUUACCAGCAGCACUCAGAUAUCCAGUGGGGUGUGGAGAACUUUUACAUUGGGCCAGCAUGUGACAGCCACUGCGGUGGGCAUGGUGACUGUUUGGAUCAGCGCUGCCUCUGUGACCCAGGUUUUACUGGACCAAAUUGCUACGCCAGUACUGCUCUUAAGGCCUCUCUGAAGGAGCGCUUUGACUGGGAGGGGUCAGCAGGCCCUCAAUGGGAGGUACUUGAGGGCGGUAAACCCUGUACAGACUGCGGUGUGCUGGUCGAGGGAACAGCCCUGUAUUUUGGAGGGGCCGAUGCCAGACAGGCUGUCACUGCUGAUCUGGAUCUGCGCGGGGCAAAGUUUGUAGAAUACUGGGCUAGGAUUGGUAGUGAAGAUAAUAUGACUUCAUGCCACCGUCCAACUUGUCGUAGAGAGGGGGUGCUGCUCGACUACUCUACUGAUGGAGGUGUUUCCUGGACGCUGUUGCACGAGAUGGACUAUCUGAAGUAUGUGUCAGUGAGGAGAGACUAUAUUGUUCUGCCAGAGGGAGCUCUAACCAAUGCUACUCGCUUGAGAUGGUGGCAGCCUUUUACUAUUUCCUCAGGCCUGGCCACUCCAAGCUUGGAAAGAGCCCAGUGGGCUAUAGACAAUAUUUUGGUGGGCGGGUCAGACAUCAACCCAUCCACCCUGCUUGACACCUUUGAUGAUGAGGGUGUUUCCCAUGAGGAAAGCUGGAGCUUCUACCCAAAUGCUGUGCGUACAGCUGGUUUCUGUGGAAACCCCUCAUUUCACUUGUACUGGCCAAACAAGAACCAAGAUAAGACACGCAACAUCCUUGCCACUCGGGAGCUUAUAGUUCAGCCUGGAUAUAUUUUACAGUUCAAGAUUGUUGUUGGAUGUGAGGCAGAUACAUGUGAGGAUCAUCAUUCUGUUCUGCUGCAGUACAGGAAGGAUGCAAGGUCUGACUCGUGGCAGCUGGUGCAGUCAGAAUGCCUGCCCUCCUCCGUAAACAACGUGGGCUGCUCUCCCUUCCAGUUCCACGAAUCCACCAUCUACAGUCCAGUUAACAGCUCAACAUGGACAAGGGUCACUGUUCAGCUGCCAGACCAUGUCUCCUCAGGGGCUACCCAGUUCCGCUGGAUUCAAAAGGAGGGGACAGGAGAGCGGCAGAGCUGGGGAGUGGACCAUGUUUACAUUGGCGAGGCCUGUCCGGGGCUCUGCAGUGGCCAUGGAUACUGCACGAGUGGAGUAGUCUGCAUUUGUGAUGAAGGACACCAUGGAGACGACUGCUCCCUCUCGAGCACUGACCUGCCCAGCUCCAUCAAAGACAACUUUGAGUCUGGCAGUGUGUCUCAGGAGAGUUGGCAGCUGAUCCAGGGUGGUGGAGUGGGCAGCGGCUGUGGGCAGCUGUCACCACAUGCUCAUGGAGACUCACUAUACUUCAAUGACUGUAAGAUGAGGCAGGCUGUAACUAAACCACUGGACCUCACUAGAGCCAGGUACAGCAAGAUCAUGUUUGUGCUGCAGAUUGGCAGUGUGGCACAGACUGAUAGCUGUAACAUAGCUCUGGAUCAGGCGGACACAGUCGACCGGGCUGUCCUGCUGCAGUACAGCGUCAACAACGGAGUCAGCUGGCAUGUCAUCGCCCAACACCAGCCCAAAGAUUUCAUAAAGGCCCAGAGAGUUUCCUACAACAUCCCACUUGAGGCGAGGGUUAAAGGGGUGAUGCUUCGGUGGUGGCAGCCACGACACGAUGGCGCAGGACAUGACCAGUGGGCGUUGGACCAUGUUGAAGUAGUUCUUGUCAGCACACGUAAACAAAACUACAUGAUGAACUUUGCCAGACAGACCGGCAUGCGUCACUACUACAGCCGCAAGAGGCGGGCACUGCAGCAGCGUGCCUGAACCCAACAAGUAGGGAUCUCUGACCUGCCAAUCAUACAUCGACCUGCCUCGCACAUCUUUAUUGUCCUGACGACAUAUCACCACGCUGAGACCCAUCCACCGAUGGAUCAGUCUUAGACUUUCUUUCCCCAUUUCUGCUUAAUUUUCAUCCCUGUCAGAAUCGCACAUCAUCCAUUCACUUUUCGCUCCAGCCAAGCACGGCCUUCCCAACCACACAGAUCGGCGGGAAUGAAACUCAUAAUAAAGGAGGGAUUGAAGUGGCCAUUUUGUUUUGUUUUGUUUUUUUUUUUCCACAAAGGAUGGUCGGGGUUUCAACUUGUUUUGUAAUUGUUGCUGUUGUUCCUCUGUUUCCUAUUCCUACCUGCGAUAUCCCUCCUUCAGGCCACCACCCUCACCCUCUCCCUUCUUUUCCUACCACACUGUGAAAUUGAGAGAUAAUAUAUCACUGCUGAACUGACCAGCUGAUCGGAGAGUAGCCUCCCAGCUCCACUGAGCCACCAAGGGAUGGGGAGGACCGCUCCACUGCCGCCAAACCAGUACGCCAUGAGAAGGACACACAAUGAUGAUACUGACCAUGAGGAAUAACAGUGAUGAAGAAGCUCAAAAAGAAAAAACUAUAAAAAAAAAAAAAAAAAGUACUUUGUUCUUGGUGUUCCGUGUGUCUGUGGGUUCAUUUUGUGAUGAGUUGACUGUGGUGUUCUGUUUGUUUGUUCGUUUUCUACUAAUUCAUAUGCUUUGAAGGGGGGAGGGAAAGGGGGUGGGGGUGCUGGGUUCUGUUUCCUUUUCCUCGUCUGUUGGAUCAGGUGUGGGCAGGGUGUAAAAAGCCCAGGCUUUACUGCAAGGAGGAGCAAGAGAGAGAUUUGCACGACAAGGGAAAGGAGAAAAUAUACAAAAAAGAAAAAAAAAAAAAGUAAAACAUAAAUGAUUUUUUUUUUUUUUAUAAUUUUUUUAUAUAUGUUGGUUCCCGAAAAUACAGAUAUUUAUGGCAAAUGGUUCUUCACGUAACCUAUUUAAAGAUGCACUGUGCGUGAAAUCUGUAUGUUAUUUUUUAGUGUUAAGUUAUUAGACAGUCGAGUCAGGCUGUCAGACUGCAUCAUCCCCCCUCUUCCUUCACUUCCCUCUUCUCUUGUGCUGUCCCCCACCCUCCCCUUUCUUUCCACUCUCUCUACUGAUUUCCAAUACCUGGAGGUGAGGCUCUAUUAGUGUUGUUUUUUGAAGUCUGUGUAAUAUGGACCCUCUGCCCUCAGUGUAACUCCAGUAUAGCAAUCUCCUGUAUAUAUAUGUAUAUCCACUAUGGGGAGACCCAGCAGCCUUAUAAAAGGGAAAUAAAGAACUGUUCAAACCUCA